AUGGCCAAUGAAAGCUCCACGAGGGUCAUCGAGUUCAUUUUCAGAGGUUUGAAUUACAACCCUCAAUUGCAGGUCUUACUCUUCCUGCUCUUUCUGAGUUUCUACGUCAUCAACCUAACUGGAAACUUGGGUAUGAUGGUUCUGAUACAGAUCGAUUCCCGCCUUCACACACCCAUGUACUUUUUCCUCAGCCACUUGUCCUUUGUGGACAUGUGCUUCUCCUCAGUCGUGAGCCCCAAGAUGCUCUCCAACUUUGUGAGGAGGAAAGCCAUCUCUUUCUGGGGCUGUGCUUUGCAGCAGUGGUUCUUUGGGUUCUUUGUGGCAGCAGAGUGUUUUCUCCUGGCGUCCAUGGCCUAUGACCGCUAUGUUGCCAUCUGCAACCCAUUAUUGUAUUCAGUCGUCAUGUCCCAGAGACUCUGCACCCAGCUGGUGGUUGGUCCCUAUACCAUUGGCUUCCUGAACACCAUGACUCACACAGCAAACACAUUUCAUCUCCCUUUCUGUGGCCCCAAUGUCCUCAAUCACUUCUGUGAUAUGUCACCUCUGCUUUCCCUUGUAUGUGCCGACACCAGGCUCAAUAAGUUGGUAGUUUUUGUUGUGGCCAGAGCUGUGGGCAUUUUCAGCAGUCUGACUGUCCUGGUCUCCUACAUUUACAUGCUCAUCUCCAUCCUGAAGAUCCGCUCUGCCGAUGGGAGGCGCAAAGCCUUUUCUACCUGCUCUUCUCACCUGAUGGCCAUCUCGAUCCUGUAUGGUACUCUUUUCUUUAUUCAUGUACAGCCUAGUGCCAGUUUCUCCCUGGAUCUCAACAAGUUGGUGUCUGUGUUUUACACUGCAGUGAUCCCCGUGUUGAACCCACUUAUCUACAGCUUGAGGGAUAAGGAGGUCAAAGAUGCCAUCCACAGGGCUGUGGCGAAGAUUAAAUUCUUAUCUAGAAAGGAAAAGGAGGGAGAAAUCUAA